AUGAAGCACUUCACUUCCUUUCUGGCUAUCGCCAGCAUCAUCUCCCUGGUCCACGGCCAUGGCUUCAUCAGCUCGCCAAACCCCCGUAUGCCAGGCAACGCAAUGAAAGCCACCUGCGGUGCGCAAGCCUACCGCAACGAACAAUUCGACAAAUACGACAACAUCCAAGGCCUCCACCAGGUCGCCGCCGGCCAGCCCGACUACAACGCCGCCGAGUGCAACCUCUGGCUCUGCAAGGGCUACAAGUUCGCCGACAACAAGGAAAACGUCUACUCGUACAAAGCCGGAGAAAAAGUCCACUUCACCAUCGAUAUCCUCGUCCCACACACCGGCGUCGCCAACGUCUCUGUCGUCCACGCAGCUUCCAACGCAGUCAUCGGCAAGCCCCUGAUCUUCUGGGCUAACUAUGCGUCCGUCGCCACGGGCGUCACCGACGACGAGACCAACUUCAGCAUCACCAUCCCGGAUGACAUUGGAAGCCAGUGCGCUAAAGCCGGCGACUGUGUGCUGCAGUGGUACUGGGAUGCGCCGUCCAUUGAUCAGACUUACGAGUCGUGUGUCGACUUUACUGUCAAAGGUACUGGCCCUCGCUCUGGCUCUGCUAAGCCCUCGGCUACCAGCUCGAAGGUGGUUGCCGUUACUUCCUCCGUUGCCUCUGUCCAAAGUCAAACGCUGAAUCCGACCCCAACUCCGAUUGCCGUUCGGCCUAGUACACUCGCUACUAGCGCCCGUCAAUCGGCCACUGCCGAGCCGGAAUUCCCCACUUCUGCUGCGGAUGAGCCUGAUUCGGAUGGUACGGAGCUGGAUUUCCCCACUGAUAGUGCUGCAGAUGUCCUGGACUGGCUGGAGUCUUUGCUUGGCGACUUGCUUGAUGAUUAA